AUGGGAAAUAAUACACCAGUGACAGAAUUCAUACUCACUGGAUUAACAGAGGACUCACAGCUGCAGCUCAUCCUCUUUGGGACAUUUUUUGUUGUUUAUGCCAUCACCCUGGUGGGAAAUCUAAGCAUGAUUAUCUUAAUUAGGAUCAAUCCAUCUCUCCACACACCAAUGUACUUUUUUCUUACCAGCUUAUCUUUUUUGGAUAUUUGUUAUUCAUCAUGUGUCACCCCAAAAUUCCUAUCCAAUCUUUUAAAGCAAAAGAAAAUUAUUUCCUUUGGGGGUUGUUUAAGUCAGCUUUACUUUUAUGGUCUGUUGGCCACCACAGAGUGCUACCUCCUAGCUGUGAUGGCCUAUGAUCACUAUGUGGCAAUCUGCAAUCCUCUACUCUACUUGAUGAUAAUGUCCCAAAGAAAGUGUGUUCAGCUGAUAGCAAUUUCAUACAUUGCUGGAAUAAUUAAUGCUUUCAUUCACACAAUGGCUGCAACUAGACUGUCCUUCUGUGGCCCAAACAUAAUUAAGAGUUUUUAUUGUGAGGGUUCUCCUCUUUUUGCUCUUUCCUGCUCAGAUAUCAGUCUUAAUUAUCUGUUGGUAUUUGUAUUUGUUGGCUUCAAUUUAUUAACAACAAGCUUGACUGUACUCACUUCCUACACUUACAUCCUAGUCACCAUUUUAAAGCUCCAUUCUGCUGCAAGCCGUAGGAAAGCCUUCUCCACUUGUACAUCUCACCUCAUGGUCAUCACUAUUUUCUAUGGAUGUCUUAGUUUUAUGUAUACACGACCAAGCUCUAGGCAGAAUGAUCACCUUGACCAAAUGGCCUCAGUAUUUUAUGUAGUGGUGACCCCCAUGCUCAACCCAUUAAUCUACAGCAUGAGGAACCAGGAGGUAAGAGGUGCCUUUAGAAAUAUCUUGGGAAGACAAUUUCAUGUUCAACACACAUGA